GGUUAGCUGUCAGUGUCAGCUGUGGUGUCAAGUGUCAAAAAAUCGGUGGAAUCAGCUGCUAAUUUAAUUAAUUUGCGGUUAACAAAUCAAUUAAUAAUUCGUUGAAGUAUUGACGUAGCAUAAAAGAAAUAAUCAAUAAAAUACUAUCGAACUUUAUAGUAAUUUUAUCAGGCUUUAUUGAUUUAGUUUUAAACUUGUCGUUUUUACGCUAACUCCAGUGCUUAGUAGGCAAAUAAACAAUUUGAAUUUGCUUUGCUGCUCACUGUUAUAAACAAAAUAACUAUGAGUCUCUUUCUGAGUCCAGAGCAUGUUCUCCAAGGAGGGUACUUCCAUGCUACCCUGAGGAAGCUUCAGGAGCCAAACACCAGCAUUGAACCCCACAAUAUCAUGUACCCGGUUUUCCUGCUGGAAGAUGACGAUGCAGUGCAACCAGUGUCGAGCAUGCCCAAUGUGUUCAGAUAUGGCAUCAACCAGCUCAUCAUUGCUCUUGAAGAUUUGGUGCUCAAAGGCCUCAAGUCAAUCCUCAUCUUUGGGAUUGUAGAGACUUUGCCAAAGGACCCAACUGGCACCGCAGCAGAUGCGCCCAGUAACCCGGUAAUAAAGGCUCUGCCAAAGCUGCGGGAAGCGUACCCCCAGCUGUUGAUAGCAUGUGACGUGUGCCUGUGCCCUUACACCUCGCACGGGCACUGCGGCGUGCUGACCGCCGCCGGGGCCAUCGACCACGCCGCCUCCACCAAGAGGAUCGCUGAGGUCGCACUGGCUUAUGCUAAAGCAGGAGCCCAUGUUGUUGCACCUUCAGAUAUGAUGGAUAAUAGAAUAAAGGCGAUAAAAGACGCUUUGGUGGCCAACAAAUUGCAGAAUCAGGUUUCAGUGCUCUCCUACUCGUGCAAGUUCGCGUCGUGCAUGUACGGGCCCUUCCGCGACACCAUGAAGAGUUCGCCCAUGGAAGGCGACCGCAAGUGUUACCAGCUGCCGCCUGGGAGCGCCGCACUCGCCGCCCGCGCCGCUGCGCGGGACGUAGCCGAGGGCGCUGACUUACUGAUGGUGAAGCCGGGGCUGCCCUACUUAGACAUCGUGCGGCAAACCAAGGACAAAUUCCCCAACCAUCCGCUAUUCAUUUACCAGGUAUCCGGAGAAUACGCUAUGAUCUCCCGCAGCGGGUCGGCUAGCGAGGUGCAGGCCACGCUCAUGGAGACACUCACGUGCAUGCGGAGAGCGGGGGCUGAUUGCAUCAUCACCUACUUCGUGCCUCAAAUAUUGAAUAUUAUAUCCAACAAAAACUAAAAUAGUUAUAAGCUCUUUUGUU